AUGUCACAUCCCACCGUAGAACAACUACAUGCUUUCCAUGCACAAGAAAGAGAGAUAUUCUCUAAACUAGUUCAAAAACUCCGAAGACCACCAGCUGAGUCACUUCUUGUCAUGGCCACAUGGCUUUGGUUUGAAGACUUUGGCUUCGGAAACAUUUUCUCCAUCAUCACGGUUUUUAGCGAUCUACUCAUUGUAGAUCUCGCUAACGAGGCUGUCUUGUGCUUUCGGUGCCUUGAAUCUGACCAGCCCCCAAAUGAUGUCAGUCAGAUCCCUCUCACCGAGAGAUUCAUGAAAAAUGACAUAUCCCUUCAAAUAAUCCACAAUCAUCGAUACACUGCCAUUACGGGAAUAAAGAACUUUUUAACCACUAUUUGUUCUAGAAUAUUCUCUGAUAUCCUUCAACGAGUUCUUCCAUCUUCAUCAUCCUCAUUCAUCACCAAUCUCCGCCACCCUCUCAUCAUUCCCGGUUUCCCUCAUCCAACUUUUGGGAGCAUCAACGUAUUGCCUAAUAUCGUUGCUAGGGAUAAUCUUCCAAACGCAAAUUCAUUUCUUUUUCCUCAUGGUCUUUGGGGCUGGAACGCUAACCAUGUCGCGACUGAUAAAGAACGGACGGUAUUUCUAACGUUUUCUCGUGGUUUUCCCGUGUCACAUGCUGAGGUGAUUCAUCUCUUCACCGAGAUAUAUGGAGAAGAUUGUGUCGAAAGCGUUUACAUGCCAGAGGACGGUGGAAAUUCCUCCAAUGACAACACAAAUUGCAAUGGUCAUCAGCAACAACCACUAUUCGCGAAGAUGGUCUUGGACUCGGUUGUUACCGUAGAUCGUAUACUCAGCGGCCAGGAAAAACAAAAGUAUAAGAUCAAUGGAAAGCAUAUUUGGGCUCGUAAGUUCAAGAAUAAUAAAGACGGUCUUAUCUAA